AAAAAAAAACAGAGGCAAGCAAGUGGGCUUCUCACUGUACCCAAAAGCUACUGACUUUGAGGUAGACAGAGAAAGUAUCUAUAGAGAGAGAAAGCAGAGGAAUAAAGAUGCAGGACACAGCUGGUGGCGGCGGUGGUACUGCUGGUGGUGGAGGUGGAAGCGAGCUGACUCGAGCGAGUGGACUUGCUCGAUUCCGGUCAGUUCCGGCAACCUGGUUAGACGCCCUCCUUGAAGAUGAUGACUCGCUUAAGCUCUCGGGCCCACACAAUACCCACCAAGGUGGGCUUACCCAGCUCUUGACCGCCGGUACUACGACUUCAGCUGGUGGGACGGGCUCGGUACCGGCGUCUCGGCCUGCUCCUUCUUACAUCUCUGCUGCUGCUGAUCCGGGUUUCUUUGAAGGCGGUGGUGGGGCCCAACCGCCGGGCAAUACGGUGGCUUUUCAGAGGAUGAACAGCUCUCCGGCGGAGUUCUUGAGUGCAAAUAUUGAUGGUUAUUUUUCAAGCUUUGGGAUUCCUUCAAACUAUGAUUUUGGAGGAGGAGGAUCUUCUGUUGAUGUUUCAUCUUCUGGUAAAAGGUUGAGGGACAAUGAUUCUGAGCAACACUCUCCUAAUUUCUCAUCUCAAAGGAGAGGGGAUCACAGUGGCCAAUUGAGUACAGCAAGUAGCUUGGUUGAGAUGGAAAUGGAGAAGCUAUUGGAGGAUUCAGUACCCUGUAGGGUUCGGGCGAAACGGGGUUGUGCCACCCAUCCUCGUAGCAUUGCUGAGAGGGUUCGAAGGACGAGAAUCAGUGAUCGGAUAAGGAAGCUUCAAGAGCUAGUUCCAAACAUGGAUAAGAGUUUUGGCUUCCCCGUCUCUGAUACACUAUCUUCUUGGCAGCAAACAAAUACUGCAGACAUGUUAGAAGAGGCUGUGGAAUAUGUGAAGAAUCUGCAAAAGCAGAUACAGGAACUUACAGAGCAACAGAAGAAAUGCAAAUGUGUUGCCAAAAGCUGACUCUGAAAGAAGAAAAUUAGGCUGCUUCGUUUUUUUGUUAGUGUACACCAAGUUAUGAUGUAUCUCCAAGGUUAUCAAUGGUAUUAUAUUGCUGCUAUAUAUUUGCAAGAAAUUAAGCACUGUGCACAGGAUUUACCAUAUAGCCAUGAAAUACGUGUUGAAGUUGCUCAAGGAAAACCGAGCCUCAUAACUAGUGUCGAGUAUCAUUGGCGAAGCGCCCCCACAAUUUUUAUGGUGGCGACCCUUCCCGUGUUGUAUAAUUUGCUUAGUAAGAUUGUACUUGUAGUAUGCUGUACACAAACUCUAGUGUAGUAUUGUAGGAAAUUAUUUAAGUUUGGGGUUUAUGUUACUAUAAUUUUGCACUGCACAUAUGUAUGUAGAAGCCACCCAAAUGGAAAUUAGAUAGAAACAUUGUAUAACAUUGUUAUGGCUCGCUCGGUUAUUAUGUAGGUGGAGAUAAUUUAAUCUAAUAAUCUUUUGGCCUGUCAAGGCCAAUGUAAGUUACUAAGCCAUGUUUGGCAAUUGGAGAUUUGUUAUUAGUUGCUGGUUUGACUUGCUGGAUA